ACCAAACAACUCGAAGGUCCACAGCAUAGAUAUAAAAAAAGCUAGAUGACUCUAUGAGGCGGAGUCACCGGCGGCCAUCUUACUGCAGUAUAUCAUCCUGGUUCGCUCUAUUGUAGCUGACGGGAGGUGAGUAAUCUACAUGAUCAAAAAUACUCUAAACUCGCUGAAAUCUUGACAGAUUUACAAAUGGUUUAGUUUAUUACAGACCUUAAUAACGUGACUAUGAGUCAGGAUGUUUAAUGUUUGUUUAUGAAAGUCCAUGUAUAAAAUAAUUCUUGAGUAUGCAGGAACAUAACUAAAACUGAGGUUUCUAUGGUUAUAUCUAUGGUUAUUUAAAUGUUACAUGACCUUUAGACUGGAAUGUUAGGAGAGGGCGAGCUUACCGUAGCAAGAUGGCCGCCAUGCGGGGACGUCGGUCACCAUCGCUAACAGCGUGCGUAAGACAUCUAGCGUUUAUAUACAUCUAUCUUAUUUUCUGUCGUCACAUCAACAUAUUUGUCUCCUUCACUGAAUAUGAUGUUGGACAGUGAUCUUUGUAAAGUGAGGUGAAGGAGGAGUUUGUGUGACAACACAAUCACACUGUGUGCAAAAAUAAAAACCUGUUCAACCAAAUAUUCACAUUGUAUGAGAAGAGGAGUUAUCAUCUGUAGUUUGUUGGUUUGACCAGCAGGUGGAGCUGCUGCAUUAACAAUAAACUGAGACCCAAACAAACAAACAAGUUCCUGUAUUUACUGAACUUUGAAUUUAGACUCAGGAGAGGAAGAUGUUUGUCAAGAAUACUGAACUUAAAAGAUGAUGAAAAACUGUCAGUAAAUGAGGAGAAGAAUCUGUGAUCUGGUGGUUUAGGUUUCAGUGAAAACAGUCAGAGUGAAAGUGAAAGUAUUUGAGCUGAAAAACAGACUCCAUUUUGAGAAAAGAAGAGAGAGGAGAGGACGAGGAGACAGGGUGAGUGUUUACUCUGUUUUGGUUUUAAUGUCAAACUCUUUAUCUGUUUUAUCUGUUAAUGAAAAAUGAUUUACUGACUAAAACACUUAAAAACUGUAAAACAAAGAAACCUGAGCAGACAAAGAGCUGGAUCAGUUCUUCAUACAGGAAACUGUGUACGUGCAGUUCUUCCUCCUCUUUGUUCAGACUUGUCUUUGUGGUAAAAACUAAAAUCAGAAUCUUUUUAGCCUCUCAUUUCAAAUUUAAUCCAGUCUCCUUAAGUUUUUCUGAGAGUUCAGGGACCUCACAGCUGAUUUUGUUUGGACCAUGAAUCAGACAAGGAUCAGAGAGAGGCCCUGCAGGGUGGGGAGACAUCAGAAGGUCUUUGAUAUUAAACCCAUAGACAUAUAUAAGAAAGGUUUAUAUACAUAUAUCUAUGAUUAAACCUUUAAAACUCUUAAAGAGGGGGAUGAAGCUGUUUUCAGACUCUCUACUUCCUUUCUGAUUCCUCUUUUAUUUUGAAACUCUCUCUUCCUGUUUGUGUCUCACCUGUUUGUCUACUUUGUCCUCAGGUUGUAUCUCGGUUUCAUCUUCCAUAAAUUUGCACAACAGAAGAUCGAGAAGAUGGUGUCGAGGAAGAGGAGGGCAGAGCAAAAGUCUGACAUGUCCGACUGUCUGUCUAUGAAGAGUGACCGGUCUAAAGAUAAUCCUCUAAAAUUCAGUAAAAAACCAGGACCAUCAGAGGAGGACAGAGAAGAGUCUGUUAUCUCCGACUGUCUGUCUAUGGAAAGUGACGGGUCUAAAGGUCUUCCACCUGAAUUCAGUAAAGAACCAGGACCCUCAGAUUCACAGUAAGAGAAACACUUUUCACCCUCCAAACUCUCAAACAACAACAGCUGAUGUUGAACCUCCAACCUGGAUAAAGGUCUGGUAAAGAAAAAGUCACUGAGCUCAGAUUUACUUAUUAUUCCUGAUGUUGAUAAAAAUGAAGGUGGUAUAAAACAGCAUUAGAAAAGGAUCCUGACCUCUUGUAUUUUCUGAUUUGGUUCCUGUGUUUGGGACGUUUUGAGCCUGUUAGUCUUUGGACUGUGGUGUAUAGACCCCAGAAAACAGUCUGUGGGUCAGAAAAUACCAGAAGACCAAAGAAGAAAUAAAUCCUGAGAAAUAAAAACUCAUUCAGAGCAUCUGUCUGUUAUUAGACCUUUAGAUCUGAUUGUUAAAAAAUGUUUGAAACUGUCAGAGAAAAUCUCUCGACCUUCAAAAAUCACAGUUGAGUUUUUUCUCCUGUCUCCACACUUUGAGGCAGCAGCAGCUGAAUAUUUUACUGUUUUAUGUUAGAGAAAAGAGAAACUCUGGUUUAAUAAAUGUUUCUUAUUCUGAAUCUUUCAAACAUGAAAUGAUAAAGAAAAUAAAUGUUCUUUAUUUCCACAGAGAGACACAGAGAUUUGACUCUGUGGAGAAGCAGCUGUCCAGAUAUCUCAGCUCUGAUGGAAGUAAGUCUGAACAUCUGUCCUUUAAACCCUAAAUUACACAAUUUCCACCUGGAUUAUUUUGAUUAUUUUAGCCAUAAAAUUGGCAGAAAAUGUCCUUUGAGUGUUUUUACCCAUUUUUCCAGAACACUUUGAACUUUCAAAAUCUGACUGUCAUUUAUAAUUUACUGCCUGUUAAAAGAGUACUUUAACAUUUUAAGAUAAAGAAAAACAAAAACGAAAUAAGAUUUUUUGAGUUUUAAUGAGAAAAAAACUGAACUACACGACACUAAAAAAGUCACCAAAUUAUACAAAUACACCGUAUUUAGGAGUCACAGGUAAACAAAGUACAAACAGGCGUAUGUUGUACAAACUGACUGCCUUAUCAUGGUUUUCUAAUAAAGUCACUACAGGUUAUAAGUGUUGAUAUAAAAUAACGUAAAUAAAUAAAAACGACACAGAGAGCUUCAUUCAUCCAGAAACCAACACAGAAAAUCAGCCGCUCAGUCUUUACCUUUCUCUGUCUGAAGUUGCUCUGAAAACUUCUCCAUCGGUCCUAAAAUCUUCUGUAAACCUCAGUGGAGGUUUUCUCACUCAGGAUGUUUGUAUUUCAGUCAUUUUCCUUUGAAAUAAUCACUUUUUUCUCACCUUUCUCUCUUUUUGCUCCGUUUCUCCGCUCUGUUGUGUGUCUGUCUGCUGCUUUCUUUGACGGAGAGACAGAUUUUCUCUCUGAACAGCAGGAGUGAAAUUACCGUAAUAACUGAAUAUUGUCUGUCUGGUGAAACUUCUCAGCUUCCAGAAACCGUUGGAGUUUUUCUGACAGCACAAACUUUCCCACAGUUACGGUAAUUUAAAGAGCGCCGGUGUAAAGGUGUCAGCGCCGACAGACUGUGAGGAAAAGUCUGUGGAUGAAAACUCAGCUGACUGAUUUUCACAAAGACGUUUCAGUGUUGAGAAGUUUGGUUCAUUUUAUUGUUCUUCUCUUUCAGAAGAUGGCGGUCUGCAGGAGGUUUUAGAUGAACAUAAGAUCAGUCUGAAGAGGAUAUGUGAACGUGUGAAUGAAGGAAGUGAAGAAACAGGAAGUCAAACCCUCCUCAACAGGAUCUUCACUGAGCUCUACAUCACAGAGGGACUGAGUGAAGAGGUGAACACCCAACAUGAGGUGAGACAGCUGGAGACUACUUCAAAGAUGAAGACCCUCCAUGACACGCCCAUCAGGUGUCAUGAGAUCUUUCAAACCUUACCUGACCAACAGAAGAAGGUCAUCAGAGUGGUUCUGACCAACGGCGUGGCUGGUGUUGGAAAAACCUUCUCAGUGCAGAAGUUCACUCUGGACUGGGCAGAGGGUUUGGAGAACCAAGACCUCCAUCUGGUGGUCCUGCUUUCAUUCAGGGAGCUGAACCUGAUCAGAGAUGAGCGCUUCAGUCUUCUGAGUCUGCUCCAUGUUUUCCAUCCAACACUAGAGAAGGUCACAGCAGAGACGCUGGCUGUCUGUAAACUUCUGUUCAUCUUUGACGGUCUGGAUGAAAGCAGACUGUCUCUGGAUUUCACAGACUCUGAGGUGGUGUCUGACGUCACACAGAAGUCUUCACUGAACGUUCUGUUAACAAACCUCAUCAAGGGGAACCUGCUCCCCUCAGCUCUCAUCUGGAUAACUUCUCGACCUGCAGCAGCCAAUCAGAUCCCUCCUUCACGUGUGGACAGGGUAACAGAAGUACGAGGCUUCACUGACGCCCAGAAGGAGGAGUACUUCAGGAAGAGGUUCAGAGAUGAAGAUCUGUCCAGAAGAGUCAUCUCACACAUCAAGUCCUCCAGGAGCCUCCACAUCAUGUGUCAGAUCCCGGUCUUCUGCUGGAUCACUGCGACAGUUCUGGAGGACAUGAUGAGCAGAGAGCAGAGAGGAGAGCUGCCCAAGACCCUGACUGACAUGUACUCACACUUCCUGCUGGUCCAGACUAAGAGGAAGAAGCAGAAGUAUGAAGGAGGACAUGAGACAAGUCCUCAGGAGCUGACUGAGGCUGACAGUGAAGUCCUCCUGAAGCUGGGGAGGCUGGCCUUUGAACAUCUGGAGAAAGGAGACAUCAUGUUCUACCAAGAAGACCUGGAGCGGUGUGGUCUGGAUGUCUCAGAGGCCUCGGUGUACUCAGGAGUUUGUACAGAGAUCUUCAGAAGAGAGAGUGUGAUCUUCCAGAAAACUGUUUACUGUUUCGUUCAUCUGAGCGUUCAGGAGUUUCUGUCUGCAGUCUACGUGAUCCACAGUUUCACAAAGAGGAACAAAGAAGCUCUGAAGACUUUCCUAAACAUAGAAGAUCUGAAGACUUUCCUAAGAGACAACAAAAACCUGGAUGACUGUUUCUCUUCUCUGGAUGUCUUCCUGAAGAGUGUCAUGAUGAAAUCCCUUCUUAGUAAAAACGGUCACCUGGACCUGUUUGUUCGCUUCCUUCAUGGACUCUCUCUGGAGUCAAACCAGAGACUCUUAGGAGGUCUGCUGGGUCACACAGACAACCUUCGAAAAAAGUUCCAGAGACUCUUAGGAGUUCUGCUGGGUCACACAGACAACAGUCCAGAAAUGAUCCAAAGAGUCAUGAAGAACCUGAAGGAGAUGAACAGUGAAGAUAUCUCUCCUGACAGAAGCAUCAACAUCUUCCACUGUCUGAUGGAGAUGAACGAUCUGUCAGUUCAUCAGGAGAUUCAAGAGUUCCUGAAGUCAGAGAACAGAUCAGAGAAGGAACUCUCAGAGAUCCACUGCUCUGCUCUGGCCUACAUGCUGCAGAUGUCAGAGGAGGUUCUGGAUGAGUUGGACUUAAAUAAGUAUAACACAUCAGACCAGGGACGACUGAGACUGAUCCCAGCUGUGAGGAACUGCAGAACGGCUCUGUAAGUCCAGGUUUUAUUCUCAGAAUAGUGUAAAUGAUCCCUGUAGUUCUUCUAAUGUCCACGUUACUGAUGAUGUUCUUCUUCAAAUAGAAAUCCACUCAAAUAUCAGGGAGGGGGUUUCUUUAGCAGAAACAUGAUCCUGGUGUCUAAAGUCCUGUUAGCCCAGGAUGAGGUCUACCUGUGGACCCCUGAGAACUUGUCCUGAUUGUGGAGGACCUCUUUGUUUUGAAUCGUGUCUGUAAUGAAUAAAGUGGAACUUUGAGGACAAAUCAGCGACCAUAUCUGAGGACACACAGAGGUCUUCUGAUGAUGGUAUCAGUCCAGAUCAACAUCUCAGUCAGUUGUGGUGAACUUGAGUUUGAAGAAGGUGUCUGCAGCUUCUUCCUGCUGGUUUUCAGGUUGGAAAUGAUGAAUCUGUUGUAAAUGAGGGUGUUGACAGCAUUGAUGGUGAAAAUAGAACUGGAUCAUUUUCUACACAGUGGCAGAACUGUCUCUGUACCAUCAUGUUCAUCAUUCAAUAUUCAUCAUCAAUACAACCAUGAAAACUAACAUCAUUUUCCACCACUCACUGGAGAUUAUCUGCUGGACUAGAACAUAUGAAUGAUGAGAACACAGGAGGUAUUUGGACAGCAGCUCCUUGAGUCUGAAAACAAUGGUGGAGAUAGGAUGUUAAUGUCUCUCUCUCUCUCUCUCUCACUCUCUCUCUGUCUCUCUCUCUCUCUCUCUCUCUCUCUCUCUCUCUCUCUCUCUCUCUCUCUCUCUCUCUCUCUCUCUCUCACUCUCUCUCUCUCUCUCUCUCUCUCUCUCUCUCACUCUCUCUCUCUCUCUCUCUCUCUCUCUCUCUCUCUCUCUCUCUUCCUCUCUCUCUCUCUGUCUCUCUCUCUCUCUCUCUCACUCUCUCUCUGUCUCUCUCUCUCUCUCUCUCUCUCUCUCUCUCUCUCUCUCUCUCUCUCUCUCUCUCUCUCUCUCUCCCCCCCCCCUCUCUCUCUCUCUCCCCCCCCCCCCCCCCCUCUCUCUCUCUCUCUCUCUCUCUCUCUCUCUCUGACACUAGUCUGCCUCAUAUCACCUCAUAGCAUGUGGAAACAGCCGUGCUCUUCCACAGUAUAUAUGGACACCAUGUCUCUCAGGAGAAGCAGUGUGACUGCGUCAUCAUCAUCAUCAGUUUUCCAUGGUGUCCCUUUGUUGUCAUGGUGAUGCAGAGUGAAGAUGAUUCCUCUAAUGUUGAGGUGUUGGUGGGCUGUAACUCGGCUGCACGCCUCUGUUUCAGAUGUUGAUGUAAAUUGGUCAGACUGCUGCCUUCUGCUGAAACAGCCUUUAAACAAACACUGCAGCAGACUGGGGUUUGAUCCAGGUCUGAGUCUGAGAGACUGGACCAGGUCUAAAGGACUAACAAGACAGACUUUUUUAGGGAGCAGAAAAGUCUGUUUUUGACCAUAACUAGUGUGGCUGUGAUUAGGGUGAAUUAAUGUAAUUAAUGCAGGUAGAGAGAGAGAGAGAGAGAGAGAGAGAGAGAGCGAGAGAAGGGGGGGGAGGGGUCUUCAACUCUUCAAAUGUUCAGAGUCAAACCAGCUCUAAAGGUCCUUACACACCGGGCGCGAAUUCGCCAGGCGAAUUAUUCGCCUUUUUUUAAAACAGCUUAAAGUCAAUGCAAGUUUCCACACCGGCGGCGAUUUUUCCGCGGGGCGAAAAGCCGCUUUUAUUUUUUCACUCUUGUGUCGAAUUUUUCGGAUAUUCGCAGGUGAAUAUCUGGACCUGCUAGACCUCUGGCCAAUCAAAAGUCAUGUUGUUGAUGACGUCACAGACCCAUACGGCUGGAGGAGAGGGAGAAGUUUGAGAUUAUGAAAACGCAGACAAAGACAGCUGAGGUGCAUCCAAAACUCUUUCUAAUUACUAAUGAAGUAGUUUUCUCACAAGAUGACACUCUCUUGUCUUCCUUAGAAGACAGAUGUCAUGCACACUUCACAGGGUGACCGCCUCAUCAUGCCUGAUUCUCCCUCUCAGCUGUUUGACAUACCGAUGAUCUGCAGCUACAGGGCCAACAGAAUGACCAGACAACUUGAAGGAUCACUGCUCAGCCCUCGCCUCUCCUGGCUGCUGCGGCGUCUCUCACAGCUUUUCCUCCUCUUUCGCCCUCACUCAUAAUGCUAGACAUGUCAAUCAGCAGCCAUUCACACGACACACACCAUCACUGGCACCAAGAGCAACGAUGGGAGAGAGGCUGGUCAUUGCGGUACAGAACCACCCCACAUCUCCUCUCCUCCGUGCCGCAAAGCGACUUUAUUAAUUCGCUUUGCAAAAAAUAUACGCAUAUUCGCUUCGCGGCCGGUGUGUAUAGGCGAAAGCGAUUUUUCGGACCGGCGAAUAUUCGCAAUUUUCGUCUUGCUUUUUCGCUUCGCUCCGCAAAUUCGCCGGUGUGUAAGGACCUUAAGGACCUUAACCCCUUAAAAAACAAUUUUAUCUGAACCAAUCAGAGAAAAAGGAGCUGCUGUGAUUUAGUGAGUCGUCCUCUGAUUGGUCAACAGUCAGUGUCUAUGGACAGACUUACAUUACAGCAGGAUGUCAACAUUAAACACUGAGAGGAGCACUGAUCCUCCAAGAGGUACUUUGGAUACUAACCAAUCACAUACCAGGACCAAAAACCUGGUUCUCAGUCCCCUUCUCCAACCAGAACUCAAGAAUUCACUCAGUCAUAAUGAUCCAGCUGCACUAACAUGAAGACAACACUGUUAGAGAACAGAAGGACUAAAAUAAGUCAUGGAGUCAUUCGUCUUGAACAUCUGAACAGUUUUUUUUUCUUCUAAACUUGGACUUCCUGUCUUCUCUCAUGGCUGUGGUCCUGAUAUUAGUAUCUGUCUGGUUAAAAACAGGCCGUCUGUCAAACCAAAGAUCAUGUUUGUUUUUGGUGAAGAGAAACAUCAAAUUACCCUUUAAUGAAAUAUUGUUGGAUAUUUAUGUUGUUACAGACUUUGGUUCUGUGGACUCUCAGAGACUCACUUUGAAGUUGUGGCCUCAGCUCUGAAGUCCAACCCCUCCCAUCUGAGAUAUCUGAACCUGAGAGGAAACUAUCUGCAGGAUUCAGGAGUGAAGCUUCUCUCUGCAGGACUGGAGAGUCCAAACUGCAGACUGGAGACUCUGAGGUCAGACACCAUUUCCUCCUGAUCUAACAAUAAGAUGUGACAGCUGCUGCCUGAGAUUUUUCUCUGUGGUUUUUCCAUCAACUUUGGUCGAGCAGUUUGAAUUUGUCGUUUUAAAACUUCAACACAGGAAGAAAAAUCCGACAUUUCAGAGUUGACUUUGAGGAGAACGAUGGAUGUAGAAAGGAAGCAGGAGAAAAUCAGUCCCACAAAUAUUACACAUGCUUGUAGAGGGCAGGAGCAGCACAGACUAAAGGCUGAUACUGAACUGAUCCACAGUUAAUGUGAUCACUAAUGAAUGAAUGAAGUGUCAGAGAAAUGAUGAGCUGCAGAUUGAAACCUGAAGAACAAAGUUAAUCCAACUCUGGAUAUUUCAUUUGGAAACUCUUGAAAACUUGAAUUUCUUCUUUGCUCAGUCGUGUUCAAAUGUAAAAACCAGAUCCAGAUUUUUCUGCAGUUUUCACUUCAGUUUGUUGAACAUGAACAUCAUCUUGUCCAGUUGGUCCAUAAAAACCUCUCUGAUCAAUGAUCUGUUGGUUUAUUUAAGAGUAGUUUGGCAGUUGUUGACAGCAGACGGACAGACCCCUGAAUAAACUCCUGACUAUUUUCAUCUUCAUGAAGAAUUCAGGACUACAAAAAAACCUUUGAGAUUUCUCACAUGAGUUUCUCAGGAUCUCAAUAAAGUUUUCUGGUUCUUUAAAAUUUUCUCAACUAAAAAAUUCCUCAAGAUCUUCAAAAGUUUAGAGAGGAUUUUACAAAGUUCCUCAAGAUCAACUCUGAAAAAGUUCUUCUUCCAUGUCCUUCAGUGUUCAAGAACAUUGAAUCAUUAAAAGUUUCUUCAGUGGUUUAAUGAUUUUUUUUCCUUUUUACAGACUGUGGGGCUGCAGGUUGACAGAGAUCAGCUGUUCUUCUCUGGUCUCUGCUCUGAAGUCCAACCCCUCCCAUCUGAGACAUCUGGACCUGAGUGACAACAAGCUGCAGGAUUCAGGAGUGAAGCUGCUGUGUGACUUUCUGCAGAGUCCAAACUGUAAACUGGAGACUCUGAGGUCAGACUUUUUUCCUCCAUUCAAACAUUAUCAUGAUUUGUUUGUGAUGAUGACACUAAACUGCUGACUCAGGACUGAAACACUGACCCAGACUGAACACCUUCAGUCCAGAGUAGAUUUUCUGCAUCAGUGGAUUAUUUGAUUGACUCCAGUUCGAUCACUGCUGAGCUCCAGUGAAUUAAAACCUGAACCCAAGAAGAAAACUCUUUGUAGAGUUCACAGUGAGAAGCUCAUUCAGACAGAAAACAGAAGCAGGGGGAGAUUUGUCAGACGAGAACCAUUCAAACUUUUGUUCAGGACAAGAUCAGGGAAUAGAAAAAACUCAGAGUUUAGUUUCUGACUCUGAUGAAAGUCCAGCUCUGUUACUUUGAAUUUUGUUUUUGAAUCUUUGUGUGAAAAUCUGAAUUUUAUGGUUUAUCUGCACUUUUCUGAAGCCUUGCUGUGUUUAGACUGAAAUAUUUACCUCUCAAAGACGAAGAAGUGAAAAUAUUCUGAACAUCCUUUAUUUCCCAUCCGUCCUGAAGUCGCUGACAUUUUCUAAAAAUAUUGAUCUGCAUCUACAAUCAGUAAAAAAGUCUCUGAGUUUUUUAUCUCUCUAUUUAAUGUGUUUUUGAAUUCACUGUUUCAAACUGACUUCCUGUUUGGUUCAGCUCUUUGGAGCGUCACUUUUCUCUGAUUCAGACUUUCCAAACCUUUCCCCUGAACUCUACAGAUUUAAGACAUCAGGUUUCAAACUGGAUCAUUUUUCUCUAAAAUCUCAUUAUUUUCUCUUUAUUUAGGUUAAUGAGCUGCAGUUUGACAAAGAUCAGCUGUUCUUCUCUGGCCUCAGCUCUGAAGUCCAACCCCUCCCAUCUGAAAACUCUGGACCUGAAUAACAACAAGCUGCAGGAUUCAGACGUGAAGCUGCUGUGUGAUCUUCAGAAGAGUCCAGACUACAGACUGGAGGAUCUGGGGUCAGUAUAGAGUUGGAGUUAGUCUGUGCUGAUCUCUCCUGUUCCUCUCCACACAGUAUCACAGCAGAUAUUCAGUAUUUCCUGCUGACUCUUCGACCCUCUCAGAGGAUUCUUUCUUUAGUGAAGCUGUGAGAACAGAAAUCAUCAAACCAGGAGUGUAAGAGUGUCAGUGAUGAAAAAAGUGUCUCCUCGUCUCUAUAUUUCAGAUCAAAUGUAGAAAUGAGACAUAAUGAAACAGAAAUGUUCAGUUUCUGCUCUGAAGUCCAGUUUAUAGUUCUCUGUAUUCAACACAGACUUUAUUUCUCUGCUAACUUGUUGAUUUUGAGCUCUAAGUCUGAAAACAGACAGCUGUUCUUUAUACUUGUUAUUUUCACAGCAGGUUUGUUCGAUCAGCUUUAACACAUUUGACAGGAAGGAUUUCUUUAUUUUGAUGAUGUUGGUUUAUUUGUGAGGAAACCUGCUGCUUUACACCAUCACUUCUGCUCUGAGCAGGACUGAGACCUGCUGGUCUGUAAACUGGAUGUUCUUCAGUCCAGCUGAUGAAGUGAGUCUCAGAGUGGAAACACUGAACGUCUUUUUUUCUCUCCUCAGAUGGAGUUAACAUCUGUCAGAGUGAUUAAGAAGAGGAUCAUGUGUUUCCUGAUGAUCAGAGAGGUGGAGGCAGCAGCAGUGAGGGUGAGGUGAGUCUCUGACUGAGAGACUGACUGACCAAUCACAGCAGGCGGAGAGGACUCUGGGAGCUGCACUUUGACCUGCUCUGAGAUCAGCUCAGGACCUGGACUCUGGAUAUUUGAUCUUUUCCCUCAUAUUCUGGGAUCAAACAGUCUGAACAGGUUUGUUUUGUUGAUGGAAACAUGAUCAUAAAUUUACACUUUGAUUGGAUUACUUUGUUUUUACCAUGAUGCAGCGCCACCUAGUGGAAAUAUAAAGAGGUGGAGUUGAUUUAUUCCCACAUAUUUCUGCAGCAGGAGUUGAUACCAUGUGUGAGAGUAGAUCAGUCAGAAGUUCAGAUUAAACCCAAAGGUUUUUUCUUUCCUUUGCACCGUUAGAGACCGAAUAUAAACUGAAGGGAGAGGAAGAGAAGUGAGGAGAGAUGGAGGUGAAGGGAGGAGGAGGAGGAGGACAGGGUUUGGGGUUUUAACAAAAAUCUGAAGCUUUAUUCUUUCACUUGAUUAUUUUUAAUCCUUCCUUUCUUCUUCAGUUUCUGAGAUUAUUGUAAACAUUGAUUGGACGUAAAUUGACCUUAUUUUAUAUUAUUAGACAUUAUUUUCUUUUUCUUUACAUGUUUUUGUUCUCAUAUCAUCUUUGUGCUCAUCAAUAAUCGAUUCCCUCCAGUUUGGAUGAACAAACACAAUUAUUAAACCAUAAAUGAGACCUGAGAGUAAAAUGUGUGAAAUAUAAUCAGUCAAAGGAAAGAUUCUUGAACAAUAAAAAACAUUAUUUUUACUUUAUAAUGAUGGAGAAGUUUUCCUCUGACAGACAAAAAUAACCGUAUUGACCGGAGUCUGGAAAAAGUGAGAUCAGCAUCUAUUCAGGGUGAAGUCAUUAACGUGGUCGAUGCUGUUUUAUAAACUCAGUGUUGUUGAUUACAAUCUCAGCUUCAUUAAUUGAUGCUACAGUGGAGUGACUUCCUGUAAAAUCCACUGGCUUUGUGAGACCGUCAGCUUUCAGGAGAUCAGUUUGUGUUUCUGUGACACUUCAAAGCUUUUCUAUCCCACAGAGAAGAUCGGUGUGUUUUCAGAGACCUUCCUGAUCCCAUCCCUCCAAAAUGAAAAUAAUCUGAUGGAUUAUGGAUUCAUUUCAGUAACAAAGUGUCAUUUCUGUUGUUAGCCAAUCAGAGGCUGUAUCUGCCAUCAGACGACCUGUGAAGGUCCAAUCAGAAGUCAGGACAGCUCAUGUCACAGUCUGCUCAUACUACAGAAUUCUUUGUUCACUAUUGUGAACAGAUUUGUUCUGAUCAUCUUAUCUAGUAUCAAUAGAUCUAUGCUCUGUCUGUGUAACACUAUGUUGGUUCUUCAUUUACACCAGAUCAUUUUUGAUUUCAUUUCACUGUAACAAUGUCAUUUAAAGAUAAUAAAAACUUUAUUUGAACCAAAACAUGUUAAAAACAUCAACUCAGCUUGUUUCAGUCACUGUGUCCAAUUGAUUUAUCAUCAUUUUUCCUUCAAACAAAAACUAGAUUUGGUCUUUAAAAAGUCCUCAAAGUGAGUCUGAAAAGUGGAGGAAGGUUUUCUCAUCAGGGUGCUCCUAUAUUCAGGUCAAUACGGUAGUGGAUCAUAGAGACUCAAAGUCUUGAUUCAGCUGAGGCUGGAGGACGCUGCGUGAAGGAAAGUCGGUGUGUUUAGUUGGUCUUAGUUUUUAUUAAACAGGAACUUUGAUUUGAUCGUCUUUUCUUGGAAAUCAAACUUCCUGUUGGACUCAAAGAUAAAGUCUGUGAUCCCCGUCAGGUUUGAAGACUUCCGUCUCACAGCAGAGUGACUGUGGCUCUGAGAUGUUUGGACAUGUUGAAAUUGAAGCCUUUCUUUGGGAAAACUUAAUCAUGCAGCACAGUUGUUUUAUGUGUUUUCGUUUAUGAUAUUCUCUCUGAGGUUAUUGUUCAUUCAAAGUAUGUGGAGGACAAAUCCAAACAUCUAACAAAAAAAGGUCAAAUAUUAAGAUAGGAUAUAUGUAUAUAUAUAUAUAUAUAUAUAUAUAUAUAUAUAUAUAUAUAUAUACAUAUAUCCUAUCUUAAUGUAUAUAUAUAUAUAUAUAUAUAUAUAUAUAUAUAUAUAUAUAUAUAUAUAUAUAUAUAUAUAUAUAUAUAUAUAUAUUUAUAUAUAAAUGAUUUAAUAUAACUGCCUUGUGUGUGUAGGUCUAUAGCUGUUGUUCUACCUAUCUGUUUGUUUAUUUAUAUAAAUCCAUGGUUAAAAUUAUUCUUCAGUAUACAGGUACAUAACUAAAACUCUGAGGUUUGUUUCAAACUAAACUGUUUGAAAAUCGGUUUAAAAUUAAUCAAUCUAUGGUUAUUUAAAUGUGACAUGAACUUUAGACUAGAAUGUUAGGAGUUAGAGAGCUGACCGUAGCAAGAUGGCCGCCAUGCGCGGGCGUCGGUUUCCAUUGGCUAACAUUGUGCGUAAGACAUCUAGUGUUUAUAUACAUCUAUCUUAUAUAAUGGUAUCACAUCAACGUAUUUGUCUCCUUCACUGAAUAUGAUGUUGGACAGUGAUCUUUGUAAAGUGAGAUGAAGGAGGAGUUUGUGUGACAACACAAUCACACUGUGUGCAAAAAUAAAAACCUGUUUAACCAAAUAUUCACAUUGUAUGAGAAGAGGAGUUAUCAUCUGUAGUUUGUUGGUUUGACCAGCAGGUGGAGCUGCUGCAUUAACAAUAAACUGAGACUCAACCAAACAAACAUGUUUCUGUAUUUACUGAACUUUGAUUUGAUCGUCUUUUCUUGGAAAUCAAACUUCCUGUUGGACUCAAAGAUAAAGUCUGUGAUCCCCGUCAGGUUUGAAGACUUCCGUCUCACAGCAGAGUGACUGUGGCUCUGAGAUGUUUGGACAUGUUGAAAUUGAAGCCUUUCUUUGGGAAAACUUAAUCAUGCAGCACAGUUGUUUUAUGUGUUUUCGUUUAUGAUAUUCUCUCUGAGGUUAUUGUUCAUUCAAAGUAUGUGGAGGACAAAUCCAAACAUCUAACAAAAAAAGGUCAAAUAUUAAGAUAGGAUAUAUGUAUAUAUAUAUAUAUAUAUAUAUAUAUAUAUAUAUAUAUAUAUAUAUACAUAUAUCCUAUCUUAAUGUAUAUAUAUAUAUAUAUAUAUAUAUAUAUAUAUAUAUAUAUAUAUAUAUAUAUAUAUAUAUAUAUAUAUAUAUAUUUAUAUAUAAAUGAUUUAAUAUAACUGCCUUGUGUGUGUAGGUCUAUAGCUGUUGUUCUACCUAUCUGUUUGUUUAUUUAUAUAAAUCCAUGGUUAAAAUUAUUCUUCAGUAUACAGGUACAUAACUAAAACUCUGAGGUUUGUUUCAAACUAAACUGUUUGAAAAUCGGUUUAAAAUUAAUCAAUCUAUGGUUAUUUAAAUGUGACAUGAACUUUAGACUAGAAUGUUAGGAGUUAGAGAGCUGACCGUAGCAAGAUGGCCGACAUGCGCGGGCGUCGGUUUCCAUUGGCUAACAUUGUGCGUAAGACAUCUAGUGUUUAUAUACAUCUAUCUUAUAUAAUGGUAUCACAUCAACGUAUUUGUCUCCUUCACUGAAUAUGAUGUUGGACAGUGAUCUUUGUAAAGUGAGGUGAAGGAGGAGUUUGUGUGACAACACAAUCACACUGUGUGCAAAAAUAAAAACCUGUUCAACCAAAUAUUCACAUUGUAUGAGAAGAGGAGUUAUCAUCUGUAGUUUGUUGGUUUAACCAGCAGGUGGAGCUGCUGCAUUAAUAAUAAACUGAGACUCAACCAAACAAACAUGUUUCUGUAUUUACUGAACUUUUAAUUCAGACUCAGGAGAGGAGGAUGAUUGUCAAGAAUACUGAACUUAAAAGAUGAUGAAAAACUGUCAGUAAAUGAGGAGAAGAAUCUGUGAUCUGGUGGUUCAGGUUUCAGUGAAAACAGUCAGAGUGAAAGUGAAAGUAUGUGAGCUGAAAAACAGACUCCAUUUUGAGAAAAGAAGAGAGAGGAGAGGACGAGGAGACAGGGUGAGUGUUUACUCUGUUUUAGUUUUAAUGUCAAACUCUUUAUCUGUUUUAUCUGUUAAUGAAAAAUGAUUUACUGACUAAAACACUUAAAAACUGUAAAACAAAGAAACCUGAGCAGACAAAGAGCUGGAUCAGUUCUUCAUACAGGAAACUGUGUACGUGCAGUUCUUCCUCCUCUUUGUUCAGACUUGUCUUUGUGGUAAAAACUAAAAUCAGAAUCUUUUUAGCCUCUCAUUUCAAAUUUAAUCCAGUCUCCUUAAGUUUUUCUGAGAGUUCAGGGACCUCACAGCUGAUUUUGUUUGGACCAUGAAUCAGACCAGGAUCAGAGAGAGGCCCUGCAGGGUGGGGAGACAUCAGAAGGUCUUGGAUAUUAAACCCAUAGACAUAUAUAAGAAAGGUUUAUAUACAUAUAUCUAUGAUUAAACCUGUAAAACUCUUAAAGAGGGGCAUGAAGCUGUUUUCAGACUCUGUACUUCCUUUCUGAUUCCUCUUUUAUUUUGAAACUCUCUCUUCCUGUUUGUGUCUCACCUGUUUGUCUACUUUGUCCUCAGGUUGUAUCUCGGUUUCAUCUUCCAUAAAUUUGCACAACAUAAGAUCGAGAAGAUGGUGUCGAGGAAGAGGAGGGCAGAGCAAAAGUCUGACAUGUCCGACUGUCUGUCUAUGAAGAGUGACCGCUCUAAAGAUCCUCCUUUUGGCUUCCGUAAAAAACCAAGACCAUCAGAGGAGGACAGCGAAGAGUCUGUUAUCUCCGACUGUCUGUCUCUGAAGAGUGACCGGUCUAAAGGUGAACCUCCUGACUUCAGUAAAGAACCAGGACCCUCAGAUUCACAGUAAGAGAAACACUUUUCACCCUCCAAACUCUCAAACAACAACAGCUGAUGUUGAACCUCCAACCUGGAUAAAGGUCUGGUAAAGACAAAGUCACUGAGCUCAGAUUUACUUAUUAUUCCUGAUGUUAAUAAAAAUGAAGGUGGUAUAAAACAGCAUUUGAAAAGGAUCCUGACCUCUUGUAUUUUCUGAUUUGGUUCCUGUGUUUGGGACGUUUUGAGCCUGUUAGUCUUUGGACUGUGGUGUAUAGACCCCAGAAAACAGUCUGUGGGUCAGAAAAUACCAGAAGACCAAAGAAGAAAUAAAUCCUGAGAAAUAAAAACUCAUUCAGAGCAUCUGUCUGUUAUUAGACCUUUAGAUCUGAUUGUUAAAAAAUGUUUGAAACUGUCAGAGAAAAUCUCUCGACCUUCAAAAAUCACAGUUGAGUUUUUUCUCCUGUCUCCACACUUUGAGGCAGCAGCAGCUGAAUAUUUUACUGUUUUAUGUUAGAGAAAAGAGAAACUCUGGUUUAAUAAAUGUUUCUUAUUCUGAAUCUUUCAAACAUGAAAUGAUAAAGAAAAUAAAUGUUCUUUAUUUCCACAGAGAGACACAGAGAGUUGACUCUGUGGAGGAGCAGCUGUCCAGAUAUCUCAGCUCUGAUGGAAGUAAGUCUGAACAUCUGUCCUCUAAAGUCUGUGUGGAUGAAAACUCAGCUGACUGAUUUUCACAAAGACGUUUCAGUGUUGAGAAGUUUGGUUCAUUUUAUUUUUCUUCUCUUUCAGAAGAUGGUGGUCUGCAGGAGGUUUUAGAUGAACAUAAGAUCAGUCUGAAGGAGAGAUGUGAACGUGUGAAUGAAGGAAGUGAUGAAACAGGAAGUAGUCAAACCCUCCUCAACAGGAUCUUCACUGAGCUCUACAUCACAGAGGGACUGAGUGAAGAGGUGAACACCCAACAUGAGGUGAGACAGCUGGAGACAGCUUCAAAGAUGAAGACCCUCCAUGACGAACCCAUCAGGUGUCAUGAGAUCUUUCAAACCUUACCUGACCAACAGGAGAAGGUCAUCAGAGUGGUUCUGACCAACGGCGUGGCUGGUGUUGGAAAAACCUUCUCAGUGCAGAAGUUCACUCUGGACUGGGCAGAGGGUUUGGAGAACCAAGACCUCCAUCUGGUGGUCCUGCUUUCAUUCAGGGAGCUGAACCUGAUCAGAGAUGAGCGCUUCAGUCUUCUGAGUCUGCUCCAUGUUUUCCAUCCAACCCUAGAGAAGGUCACAGCAGAGACGCUGGCUGUCUGUAAACUUCUGUUCAUCUUUGACGGUCUGGAUGAAAGCAGACUGUCUCUGGAUUUCACAGACUCUGAGGUCCUGUCUGACGUCACACAGAAGUCUUCACUCAACGUUCUGUUAACAAACCUCAUCAAGGGGAACCUGCUCCCCUCAGCUCUCAUCUGGAUAACUUCUCGACCUGCAGCAGCCAAUCAGAUCCCUCCUUCACAUGUGGACAGGGUAACAGAAGUACGAGGCUUCACUGACGCCCAGAAGGACGAGUACUUCAGGAAGAGGUUCAGAGAUGAAGAUCUGUCCAGAAGAAUCAUCUCACACAUCAAGUCCUCCAGGAGCCUCCACAUCAUGUGUCAGAUCCCGGUCUUCUGCUGGAUCACUGCUACAGUUCUGGAGGACAUGAUGAGCAGAGAGCAGAGAGGAGAGCUGCCCAAGACCCUGACUGACAUGUACUCACACUUCCUGCUGGUCCAGACUCAGAGGAAGAAGCAGAAGUAUGAAGGAGGACAUGAGACAAGUCCUCAGGAGCUGACUGAGGCUGACAGUGAAGUCCUCCUGAAGCUGGGGAGGCUGGCCUUUGAACAUCUGGAGAAAGGAGACAUCAUGUUCUACCAAGAAGACCUGGAGCGGUGUGGUCUGGAUGUCUCAGAGGCCUCGGUGUACUCAGGAGUUUGUACAGAGAUCUUCAGAAGAGAGAGUGUGAUCUUCCAGAAAACUGUUUACUGUUUCGUUCAUCUGAGCGUUCAGGAGUUUCUGUCUGCAGUCUACAUGAUCCACAGUUUCACAAAGAAGAGGAACACAGAAGCUCUGGAGAGUUUCCUAAGAGGCAACAAAAACCUGGAUGACUGUUUCUCAUCUCUGGAUGUCUUCCUGAAGAGAGUCAUGGAGAAAUCCCUUCUCAGUAAAAACGGUCACCUGGACCUGUUUGUUCGCUUCCUUCAUGGACUCUCUGUGGAGUCAAACCAAAGACUCUUAGGAGGUCUGCUGGGUCACACACACAACAGUCCAGGAAUGAUCCAAAGAGUCAUCAAGAACCUGAAGUGGAUGAACAGUGAAGAUAUCUCUCCUGACAGAAGCAUCAACAUCUUCCACUGUCUGAUGGAGAUGAACGAUCUGUCAGUUCAUCAGGAGAUCCAAGAGUUCCUGAAGUCAGAGAACAGAUCAGUGAAGGAACUCUCAGAGAUCCACUGCUCUGCUCUGGCCUACAUGCUGCAGAUGUCAGAGGAGGUUCUGGAUGAGUUGGACUUAAAUAAGUAUUACACAUCAGCCCAGGGACGACUGAGACUGAUCCCAGCUGUGAGGAACUGCAGAACGGCUAAGUAAGUCCAGGUUUUAUUCUCAGAAUCGUGUAAAUGAUCCCUGUAGUUCUUCUAAUGUCCACGUUACUGAUGAUGUUCUUCUUCAAAUAGAAAUCCACUCAAAUAUCAGGGAGGGGGUUUCUUUAGCAAAAACAUGAUCCUGGUGUCUAAAGUCCUGUUAGCCCAGGAUGAGGUCUACCUGUGGACCCCUGAGAACUUGUCCUGAUUGUGGAGGACCUCUUUGUUUUGAAUCGUGUCUGUAAUGAAUAAAGUGGAACUUUGAGGACAAAUCAGCGACCAUAUCUGAGGACACACAGAGGUCUUCUGAUGAUGGUAUCAGUCCAGAUCAACAUCUCAGUCAGUUGUGGUGAACUUGAGUUUGAAGAAGGUGUCUGCAGCUUCUUCCUGCUGGUUUUCAGGUUGGAAAUGAUGAAUCUGUUGUAAAUGAGGGUGUUGACAGCAUUGAUGGUGAAAAUAGAACUGGAUCAUUUUCUACACAGUGGCAGAACUGUCUCUGUACUAUCAUGUUCAUCAUUCAAUAUUCAUCAUCAAUACAACCAUGAAAACUAACAUCAUUUUCCACCACUCACUGGAGAUGAUCUGCUGGACUAGAACAUAUGAAUGAUGAGAACACAGGAGGUAUUUGGACAGCUCUCUCUCUCUCUCUCUCUCUCUUUCUCUCUCUUUCAGACAGCCGUGAUCUUCCACUGUUCAUAUGGACACCAUAAGGAGAAGCAGUGUGACUGCAUCAUCAUCUUCAUCAUCAUCAGUUUUCCAUGGUGUCCCUUUGUUGUCAUGGUGAUGCAGAGUGAAGAUGAUUCCUCUAAUGUUGAGGUGUUGGUGGGCUGUAACUCGGCUGCACGCCUCUGUUUCAGAUGUUGAUGUAAAUUGGUCAGACUGCUGCCUUCUGCUGAAACAGCCUUUAAACAAACACUGCAGCAGACUGGGGUUUGAUCCAGGUCUGAGUCUGAGAGACUGGACCAGGUCUAAAGGACUAACAAACCGGACUGUUUUAGGGAGCAGAAAAGUCUGUUUUUGACCAUAACUAGUGUGGCUGUGAUUAGGGUGAAUUGAUAAAGGUACCCAUAUUGAUCCUCCAUGUUGAUAUGAUCAUGACUCAUUAUUGAUACCUCACUUCAUGAUUUAGUGAGGUAUCAAUAUUUUCAUUUAAAAAAAGUAAAGAAAAAGAAAACACGUUCAAAGAUGAAAUUGUUUUAUUUCCUCUGACUCCAAAUGUUUCUUUCUUUAUGAAACACAAACUAGAAAAAUUCAAUCUGUCCUUUUUAUAGGAGUCAUGAGAACGUACGCCCCCUAGAGUUCAAAUAACCUCAACCCGAACUUUGACCACAGCUCACACAGGUUUAACUUUGUUUUUAUCGUUUAACUAUCAUGAAGUAUCGGACGAUAACUUGCCGAGAGAGACAGACAGAGACAGAGAGAGAGAGAGGGAGAGAGAGAGAGAGAGAGAGAGAGAGAUGACCAGAGUCCAAAGACAGAGGUUCAGUGGGUCUUUGUUUCUGUCUCUUAAAGGUCUCUCUGGAUCCAUCAGGUUUUAUAAACGUGUUUCUGCUGCUGAAGCGAAUGUUACAUGGAGAAAAAACUUUGAUUGUGAAAACAAAGAAAUCUUCAAAUGUUCAGAGUCAAACCAGCUCUAACCUGCUAAAAAAACGAUUUUAUCUGAACCAAUCAGAGAAAAAGGAGCUGCUGUGAUUCAGUGAGUCGUCCUCUGAUUGGUCAACAGUCAGUGUCUAUGGACAGACUUACAUUACAGCAGGAUGUCAACAUUAAACACUGAGAGGAGCACUGAUUCUCCAAGAGGUACUUUGGAUACUAACCAAUCACAUACCAGGACCAAAAACCUGGUUCUCAGUCCCCUUCUCCAACCAGAACUCAAGAAUUCACUCAGUCAUAAUGAUCCAGCUGCACUAACAUGAAGACAACACUGUUAGAGAACAGAACGACUAAAAUAAGUCAUGGAGUCAUUCGUCUUGAACAUCUGAACAGUUUUUUUUUCUUCUAAACUUUGACUUCCUGUCUUCUCUCAUGGCUGUGGUCCUGAUAUUAGUAUCUGUCUGGUUAAAAACAGGCCGUCUGUCAAACCAAAGAUCAUGUUUGUUUUUGGUGAAGAGAAACAUCAAAUUACCCUUUAAUGAAAUAUUGUUGAUAUUUAUGUUGUUACAGACUUUAUUCCUGUGGACUCUCAGAGACUCACUGUGAAGUUGUGGCCUCAGCUCUGAAGUCCAACCCCUCCCAUCUGAGACAUCUGAACCUGAGUGUCAACGAUCUGAAGGAUUCAGGAGUGAAGCUUCUCUCUGCAGGACUGGAGAGUCCAAACUGCAGACUGGAGACUCUGGGGUCAGACACCAUUUCCUUCUGAUCUAACAAUAAGAUGUGACAGCUGCUGCCUUAGAUUUUUCUCUGUGGUUUUUCCAUCAACUUUGGUCGAGCAGUUUGAAUUUGUCGUUGUAAAACUUCGACACAGGAAGAAAAAUCCGACAUUUCAGAGUUGACUUUGAGAAGAACGAUGGAUGUAGAAAGGAAGCAGGAGAAAAUCAGUCCCACAAAUAUUACACAUGCUUGUAGAGGGCAGGAGCAGCACAGACUAACGGCUGAUACUGAACUGAUCCACAGUUAAUGUGAUCACUAAUGAAUGAAUGAAGUGUCAGAGAAAUGAUGAGCUGCAGAUUGAAACCUGAAGAACAAAGUUAAUCCAACUCUGGAGAUUUCAUUUGGAAACUCUUGAAAACUUGAAUUUCUUCUUUGCUCAGUCGUGUUCAAAUGUAAAAAACCAGAUCCAGAUUUUUCUGCAGUUUUCACUUCAGUUUGUUGAACAUGAACAUCAUCUUGUCCAGUUGGUCCAUAAAAACCUCUCUGAUCAAUGAUCUGUUGGUUUAUUUAAGAGUAGUUUGUCAGUUGUUGACAGCAGACGGACAGACCCCUGAAUAAACUCCUGACUAUUUUCAUCUUCAUGAAGAAUUCAGGACAAAAAAAAACCUUUGAGAUUUCUCACAGGAGUUUCUCAGGAUCUCACUAAAGUUUUCUGUUUCUUUAAAAAUUUCUCUAAUGAAAAAAUUCUUCAAGAUCUUCAAAAAGUUUAGAGAAGAUUUUACAAAGUUCCUCAAGAUCAACUCUGAAAAAGUUCUUCCAUGUCCUUCAGAGACUCAAGAACAUUGAAUCAUUAAAAUCAGGAACAGUUUCCUCAGAGGUUACAUGAUUUUUCCUUUUUACAGACUGUAUUGCUGCAGGUUGACAGAGAUCAGCUGUUCUUCUCUGGCCUCAGCUCUGAAGUCCAACCCGUCCCAUCUGAGAUAUCUGGACCUGAGUGACAACAAGCUGCAGGAUUCAGGAGUGAAGCUGCUGUGUGACUUUCUGCAGAGUCCAAACUGUAAACUGGAGACUCUACAGUGAGACUUUUUUCCUCCAUUCAAACAUGAUCAUGAUUUGUUUGUGAUGAUGACACUAAACUGCUGACUCAGGACUGAAAUACUGACCCAGACUGAACACCUUCAGUCCAGAGUAGAUUUUCUGCAUCAGUGGAUUAUUUGAUUGACUCCAGUUCGAUCACUGCUGAGCUCCAGUGAAUUAAAACCUGAACCCAAGAAGAAAACUCUUUGUAGAGUUCACAGUGAGAAGCACAUUCAGACAGAAAACAGAAGCAGGGGGAGAUUUGUCAGACGAGAACCAUUCAAACUUUUGUUCAGGACAAGAUCAGGGAAUAGAAAAAACUCAGAGUUUAGUUUCUGACUCUGAUGAAAGUCCAGCUCUGUUACUUUGAAUUUUGUUUUUGAAUCUUUGUGUAAAAAUCUGAAUUUUGGUUCAGCUCUUUGGAGCGUCACUUUUCUCUGAUUCAGACUUUCCAAACCUUUCCCCUGAACUCUACAGAUUUAAGACAUCAGGUUUCAAACUGGAUCAUUUUUCUCUAAAAUCUCAUUAUUUUCUCUUUAUUUAGGUUGAUUGGCUGCAGUUUGUCAGAGAUCAGCUGUUCUUCUCUGGCCUCAGCUCUGAAGUCCAACCCCUCCCAUCUGAGAUAUCUGGACCUGAGUGAAAACAAUCUGCAGGUUUCAGACGUGGAGCUGCUGUGUGAUCUUCAGAAGAGUCCAGACUACAGACUGGAGACUCUGAGGUCAGUAUAGAGUUGGAGUUAGUCUGUGCUGAUCUCUCCUGUUCCUCUCCACACAGUAUCACAGCAGAUAUUCAGUAUUUCCUGCUGACUCUUCGACCCUCUCAGAGGAUUCUUUCUUUAGUGAAGCUGUGAGAACAGAAAUCAUCAAACCAGGAGUGUAAGAGUGUCAGUCAUGAAAAAAGUGUCUCCUCGUCUCUAUAUUUCAGAUCAAAUGUAGAAAUGAGACAUAAUGAAACAGAAAUGUUCAGUUUCUGCUCUGAAGUCCAGUUUAUAGUUCUCUGUAUUCAACACAGACUUUAUUUCUCUGCUAACUUGUUGAUUUUGAGCUCUAAGUCUGAAAACAGACAGCUGUUCUUUAUACUUGUUAUUUUCACAGCAGGUUUGUUCGAUCAGCUUUAACACAUUUGACAGGAAUGAUUUCUUUAUUUUGAUGAUGUUGGUUUAUUUGUGAGGAAACCUGCUGCUUUACACCAUCACUUCUGGUCUGAGCAGGACUGAGACCUGCUGGUCUGUAAACUGGAUGUUCUUCAGUCCAGCUGAUGAAGUGAGUCUCAGAGUGGAAACACUGAUCGUCUGUUUUUCUCUCCUCAGAUGGGAGUUUUAGCUGUCAGAGUGAUUAAGAAGAGGAUCAUGUGUUUCCUGAUGAUCAGAGAGGUGGAGGCAGCAGCAGUGAGGGUGAGGUGAGUCUCUGACUGAGAGACUGACUGACCAAUCACAGCGGGCGGAGAGGACUCUGGGAGCUGCACUUUGACCUGCUCUGAGAUCAGCUCAGGACCUGGACUCUGGAUAUUUGAUCUUUUCCCUCAUAUUCUGGGAUCAAACAGUCUGAACAGGUUUGUUUUGUUGAUGGAAACAUGAUCAUAAAUUUACACUUUGAUUGGAUUACUUUGUUUUUACCAUGAUGCAGCGCCACCUAGUGGAAAUAUAAAGAGGUGGAGUUGAUUUAUUCCCACAUAUUUCUGCAGCAGGAGUUGAUACCAUGGCUGUGUCUCAUUUCAGAGACCGCAUCGUGAUAAGCGCGCUUAACGGCGCUUAGCUGAGUGCACUGCCGUUGUGAGCCGUUUUACGCCGUUUUGCGCCGUUCUGUGCCCUUCCUGUGUCCCAUUUCAGAUACAGCAGCCAUCGAACGGCGCAUCUGACGCGUACGUGAGGUCACCACGCGGCACGAACGGUGUCCCGUUUGGCACAAAAUACUAAGCGCGCUUGAAAUUCGGUCUCAAAACCACACUACCCCCGCCUCGUUUUCAAGCGUGCAUGUAUGCACGCUUUCGUGCCGUCGGUAUCCCAGAAUUCUUUGCGUGCCGCUGCACAGCUGUGCAUUUCAGGUGAGAGGCUGGACUCGCUUGGAGACACAGCGCGUCUUCGAAGAAAAUACAAGCAAUCCAAAACCAUCAGACAGUCAGCUCAGGCUGUAUGAGAGCAUGAUCUCUGAACUCACUAAAAUCUGUAAACCAAACAUUAUAGAUUUAGAGACGAACUGAUCCGCUGUGUUACAACUAUCAAAAACAUUAGAAAUGAGAAAGCUGACAAAACUACAGCAGAGUAUCAGGACAACAUUGAGGUUUUUUUUUCUUUUAAGAUUUAGAGAUUAAAGUUGUAAAUUUAGGAGAAUAAAGUCAUAAAGUAAAUAAAGUCAUAAAGCUGCUUUUGUGGAGGGGGAAACGACUGAAGCUGGUCAUCUGCAGGGUUAUCUGUGGAUGUAUCAGCGGGUCAUUCAGAGAGAUUUUGUGGUUUCUGAAGAAACAAUCAAACUGAUGAUAAUCAACAUUUGUGAUCCAGAGGGAGUCGAGCUCAGACGAGCACCACGUCUCUGACACCGGCCGUAGCCUACACCUGCAGAGACACCAACACCUUAUUACGGCAUAUGGAUUCAUAUCAUAAACUAAAGCUCAAUGUCAUUCACGGAUAUUUACGGCUGCAUUGACAGAUAUAUCCUCAGCAUAUUCAUUUCUGCCUCCACAAAAGCAGCGAUUUCCUUCAAGUACACCAAUAUUUUUCCCCCGUGGAAAAGACGUAUUUCUCAUAUAUUCUUUUUAAAGUCACAUUCAUUAGAGCAGGGCAGAAGGCACAACAUCACCAUCCCAACUCUACAGGGGGGCUCCUUACCACCGCUCGUGAUUGGCAGCUUCAAGUCGACCUCGGAAGACAGCUUAAGUUCCCAGUCAACAUCACAACUACUUCUCUCCGCCCAGAUGUGGUACUAACAUCGGAGUCCACCAAACAAGUAGUCAUCCUGGAACUAACAGUCCCCUGGGAAGACAGGAUCGAAGAGGCCCACGAACGCAAGAGAGCCAAGUAUGCAGAGCUCAGCACAGAGUGCCGGAACAAUGGCUGGAAAACCCGCUGUGAGCCAGUCGAGGUCGGGAGCCGAGGCUUCGCUGGCCAAUCACUUCUGAGAACCCUCAAACUCCUUGGAGUAAAAGGACUGCGAUUGAAGAAAGCCAUCAGAAACAUCCUAGAGGCCGCAGAAAGGGCCUCGCGGUGGCUGUGGAUCCGUAGGGGGGAUCCGUGGAACAUCACGCCACUUGGACACAAGUCGGGGACUGAUCACCCCCGGCUGGGUCGCCCGGGUGAGGGUGUAUGAAGAUUAAAGACCCGAAACACCCUAUGACCCCGGGUACUUCACUGAUGACGUGUCCAAGUAGCACCAGCAGGUGUAUCCAAAUUCUAGCACACCUGGCUUAGCCAGUGACCUCCAGGAAAGACUGGAUGACACCCACGAACAGAGUGGCGACAGCUGGAGAGACAGCGGACAGCUCGGAGAGACGGCAACCGGGGCAGGGAGGGCUAGCCCCCCGACCUGCAGCUCCCGAGAGGGGGCACCCAAGCAUGCUACGAAGAACCCUACAGAAAUAUACCCCCAGGGAUGCCCGAGAGGGGGGGAGGAUGAGCAUCCCAAUCGGACGGAACUACCGGCAAUGACCCAAGCGAAUGGACAAAGAAAUACGAGUGCAGUCUGUAUCUGCGGCAAGGUCUGCAAAAACCCGAAAGGCCUGAAGAUCCACCAGGCAAGGAUGGCCUGUCUGAGGAGGGACCAAGUGAAGCAACGCUCAGGAACAGCAGCUGGUGCGACAGUUCUCGUUGCGCCAAUUGCUGAACCUGGUGAGACGGAGGAGGAAUCAGGUCCGGAAUCUCCCCACAGUACCUGGAACCCCCAAGCAACACAAGUCCCCCCAUCAAGCAGGAAAUCGGAACACCGUAGGGUAAUGUGGCCCGCCGCCAACAACAAGGAGUGGUCAAAGCUGGAUGAGGAUGUCGACCAGUGCCUGGAAUCCAUCUCUAAGGGCAGUGUCGACCAGAAGCUCCAAACCAUGUGUACCAUCAUAAUGAACAUGGGAGCAGAGCGGUUUGGCAUCAUUGAAAAACGCAGCGCAAAUAAUCCAGCAAAGCUAAACCGGCGAGAAUCCAAGAUCAGUCAGCUGAGACAAGAGCUAAAAUCCCUGAGACGUCAGUUCAAGACGGCCAAGGAAGACGAAAAGAAGUGCCCUGACAGAACUCACAAACAUCAUAAGGAAGAGACUCAUCUCGCUGAGGAGGGCAGAAUGGCACCGAAGGAAAGGGAAGGAAAGGGCUCGGAAACGCAACGCCUUCAUCAGCAAUCCCUUCGGCUUUACCAAGAAACUACUGGGCCAGAAGCGAAGCGGCCACCUCGCUUGCCCUGUAGAGGAGAUCGACCAUCAUCUCCACGCCACCUUCAGUGACGCCAUGAGGGACCACGAGCUCGGACCUUGUAGGGAACUGGUGGAACCACCAAAACCAGGGACCCAAUUCAACAGUGCUGAGCCCACCCUGAAGGAGGUAGAGGAAGCUGUCAGAGCUGCGAGAUCCAGUUCUGCUCCUGGCCCCAGCGGUGUUCCCUACAAAGUUUACAAACAGUGCCCUCAGCUCCGCAAACGUCUCUGGAAGAUCCUGAGGGUGAUCUGGCGGAGAGGAAAGGUCGCUGCACAAUGGAGGUAUGCUGAGGGAGUCUGGAUCCCGAAGGAGGAGGGCUCUUGCAAAAUUGAGCAGUUUCGUAUCAUCUCGCUGCUCAGUGUCGAGAGCAAGAUCUUAUUCAAGAUCGUGUCCCAGCGUCUGACAAACUUCCUCCUGAAGAACACCUACAUUGAUACCUCAGUCCAGAAGGGAGGAGUCCCAGGAAUGCCUGGAUGCAUGGAACACACGGGUGUGGUGACGCAGCUGAUCCGGGAGGCAAGAGAGAGCAAAGGAGACCUGGCAACCCUCUGGCUUGAUUUGGCCAACGCUUACGGAUCUAUCCCACACAAGCUUGUCGAAACCACACUAGGAAGACACCAUGUUCCAGACAAAAUCCGCAAACUCAUCAUGGACUAUUACGACAACUUUAGCUCACGAGUCUCUUCAGGCCAAGUAACAUCUGCCUGGCAUCGCCUCGAGAAAGGGAUAAUCACCGGUUGCACCAUAUCGGUAACCCUCUUCUCACUGGCCAUGAACUGGAUCGUUAAGUCUGCCGAAGUGGAAUGCAGAGGGCCCAAAUCAAGAUCUGGGACUCGGCAGCCCCCCAUAAGAGCCUUUAUGGAUGACUUAACGGUGACAACAACAUCUGUUCCAGGGUGCAGGUGGCUUCUGCAGGGGCUUGAAAGGCUCAUCUCCUGGGCAAGGAUGAGCUUCAAGCCCGCUAAGUCCAGGUCCCUGGUCCUGAAAAAGGGUAAAGUGUCCGACCAGUUCCGCUUUGCCCUGGGAGAGACCAGGAUCCCAUCAGUGACCGAGAAACCGGUCAAGAGUCUGGGCAAGAUCUUCGACAGCUCCCUGAAGGACUCAGCUGCCAUACAGCAAACCAAGAGUGAGCUGUCCACCUGGCUCACAGCGGUUGACAAAUCUGGCCUCCCUGGAAAAUUCAAAGCCUGGAUCUACCAGCAUGGAGUCCUGCCAAGAAUACUCUGGCCCCUGUUAGUCUACGAAGUACCCAUAUCAACGGUAGAGGCUCUAGAGAAGUCCAUCAGCCAGUUUCUCAGGAGAUGGCUGGGGCUCCCUCGGUCCUUAAGCAGCAUCGCCCUGUACGGCCAUUCCAACAAGCUGCACCUUCCCUUUAGUGGACUAACAGAGGAAUUUAAAGUCACCCGUUCCAGAGAGGUGAUGAUGUACAGGGACUCCGCAGACACCAAAGUCGCAGCAGCAGGAAUCCUCGUGAAAACCGGGAGGAAGUGGCGGGCACAAGAAGCCGUCACUAGAGCCGAGUUGCGACUGAGGCACAAAGUGCUGGUGGGCUCUGUGGCAACGGGACGAGCAGGUCUUGGUUCCUUUCCUAAGCCGCGUUAUGAUCUGGCCUGUGGAGAGGAGAAGCGCCGACUGAUCCAGGACGAGAUACGUGCAGAGGUGGAGGAAGAACGCAGCAGUAAGAUCGCUGGCAUGUCCAAACAAGGAGCGUGGACCAGGUGGGAACAGGCUGAUUCCCGCAGAAUCACCUGGGCAGAGCUCUGGAAAGCAGAACCAUCUCGCACCAAGUUUCUCAUCCGGUCAGUGUAUGACGUCCUCCCAAGCCCGGCCAACCUACACACCUGGGGACUAGUAGACACUCCUGAGUGCAAACUGUGCCAGAAGAGGGGCACCCUGGAGCACAUCUUAAGCUGCUGCCCUAAAGCACUAGGAGAGGGGCGGUACCGCUGGCGCCAUGACCAAGUCCUAAAAGCUUUGGCAGAAACCAUCAGCACAGCGAUCCAGCACAGCAAGACCCAGGCAGCCCCCAAACAGGCAAUCACAUUCAUUAGAGCAGGGCAGAAGGCACAACAUCACCAUCCCAACUCUACAGGGGGGCUCCUUACCACCGCUCGUGAUUGGCAGCUUCAAGUCGACCUCGGAAGACAGCUUAAGUUCCCAGUCAACAUCACAACUACUUCUCUCCGCCCAGAUGUGGUACUAACAUCGGAGUCCACCAAACAAGUAGUCAUCCUGGAACUAACAGUCCCCUGGGAAGACAGGAUCGAAGAGGCCCACGAGCACAAGAGAGCCAAGUAUGCAGAGCUCAGCACAGAGUGCCGGAACAAUGGCUGGAAAACCCGCUGUGAGCCAGUCGAGGUCGGGAGCCGAGGCUUCGCUGGCCAAUCACUUCUGAGAACCCUCAAACUCCUUGGAGUAAAAGGACUGCGAUUGAAGAAAGCCAUCAGAAACAUCCUAGAGGCCGCAGAAAGGGCCUCGCGGUGGCUGUGGAUCCGUAGGGGGGAUCCGUGGAACAUCACGCCACUUGGACACAAGUCGGGGACUGAUCACCCCCGGCUGGGUAGCCCGGGUGAGGGUGUAUGAAGAUUAAAGACCCGAAACACCCUAUGACCCCGGGUACUUCACUGAUGACGUGUCCAAGUAGCACCAGCAGGUGUAUCCAAAUUCUUAUACUUAUGACAAUGUUAUGCUGAUGUGCCAGAGGAUGAAGAAUCUCCUUGUUUGUGAAACCUAUACUGAAGCACAGUUCCUUCAAAUGCUUCAUGGCCCUAAUUUUAACAAGUCUCUCUGAAAUAACAGGUUAUGACUUCAUUCUCAUAAAUUAAUGACUUUAUUCUCGUAAAUUCACGACUUAAAUCUCGAAGUCCUUAAAGUCUUAAAUCUCAAUAUGGCCCUCAUACUCCUUCUUACAAAACAAUCAUUGGAUGAAUUGUGCUUGUAUGUAUCUACUAUUUUGUGUCUGUGCAAGGUCGCACAAUUAAAACAAUAAAUGCUGCGCUCCGCGGGUUUCCUUUAAGUCAGUCGUGACGCGAGCCUGAGGGCGGGGACAUUUGGCAACUCCACCAGGAAGUCCUCCGAAGGUCUCCAAAUGUCCCCGCCCUCAGGCUUACGUCACGACUGAUUAGAAAAAGCUGCGGAGCGCAGCAUGUAUUGUUUUAAUUGUGCGACCUUGCACAGACACAAAAUAGUAGAUACAUACAAGCACAGAUCAUUCCCACAAAAUUCAUCCAAUGAUUGUUUUGUAUGAAGGAGUAUGAGGGCCCUAUUGAGAAGGAGGAUAGGAGAUACUUCAUCCUCUGGCACAUCAGCAUCACAUUGUCAUAAGUAUAAAGACUUUAAAAAAAGAAUAUAUGAGAAAUACGUCUUUUCCACGGGGAAAAAAACUGGUGUACUUGAAGGAAAUCGCUGCUUUUGUGGAGGCAGAAAUGAAUAUGCUGAGGAUAUAUCUGUCAAUGCAGCCGUAAAUAUCUGUGAAUGACAUUGAGCUUUAAUUUAUGAUAUGAAUCCAUAUGCCAUAAUAAGGUGUUGGUGUCUCUGCAGGUGUAGGCUACGGCCGGUGUCAGAGACGUGGUGCUCGUCGGAGCUCGACUCCCUCUGGAUCACAAAUGUUGAUCAUCAUCAGUUUGAUUGUUUCUUCAGAAACCACAAAAUCUCUCUGAAUGACCCGCUGAUACAUCCACAGAUCACCCUGCAGAUGACCAGCUUCAGUCAUUUCCCCCUCCACAAAAGCAGCUUUAUGACUUUAUUUACUUUAUGACUUUAUUCUCCUAAAUUUACAACUUUAAUCUCUAAAUCUUAAAAGAAAAAAAAAUCAAUGUUGUCCUGAUACUCUGCUGUAGUUUUGUCAGCUUUCUUAUUUCUAAUGUUUUUGACUGUUGAAGCAGAGCGGAUCAGUUCGUCUCUAAAUCUAUAAUGUUUGGUUUACAGAUUUUAGUGAGUUCAGAGAUCAUGCUCUCAUACAGCCUGAGCUGACUGUCUGCUGUUUUCGGAUUGCUUGUAAUUUCUUUGAAGACCCGCUGCGUCUCCAAGCGAGUCCAGCCUCUCACCUGAAAUGCGCAGCUGUGCAGCGGCACGCAAAGGAUUCUGGGAUACCGACGGCACGAAAGCGUGGAUAAAUGCACGCUUGAAAACAUGCUAAGCGCGCUUAGCAUUUUUUAGCAUCUCGUGCCAAACGGGACACCGUUCGCACCGUCGUGACGUCAUGCACACUUCAAAUGCACCGUUCGACGGUGCAGAAGGGCACUUAAGUCGAUGCGGUCUCUGAAAUGAGACACAGCCCAUGUGUGAGAGUAGAUCAGUCAGAAGUUCAGAUUAAACCCAAAGGUUUUUUCUUUCCUUUGCACCGUUAGAGACCGAAUAUAAACUGAAGGGAGAGGAAGAGAAGUGAGGAGAGAUGGAGGUGAAGGGAGGAGGAGGAGGACAGGGUUUGGGGUUUUAACAAAAAUCUGAAGCUUUAUUCUUUCACUUGAUUAUUUUUAAUUCAUCCGUUUUCAUCUUCAGUUUCUGAAGUGAUUGUAAAUAUUGACUGGAGGUAAAUUGACCUUAUUUUAUAUUAGUAGACAUUAUUUUCCGUCUCUUUACAUGUUUUUGUUCUCAUAUCAUCUUUGUGUUCAUCAAUAAUCGAUUCCCUCCAGUUUGGAUGAACAAACACAAUUAUUAAACCAUAAAUGAGACCUGAGAGUAAAAGUAAAAUGUGUGAAAUAUCAAGAGGGCUGAUGCAGGGUGUAGCGCUGCUCGGACACAAGUCAGGAGCUG